CAAAUGUUAACUACCUUUUGUCAUUAUCCAGCAAGUGCCAGACAACUUGGAAGAUUCUUAACAUUAUUUACUUUUGUAGAAAGGUAUAUAACCUCAAACAACAAAAAGUAAAUGGAAAAAGAAGGGAAACAGUAAUCAUAGGGAUAUGGUUAUCUUAAGAACUUAACCCAUUCGCUGCCGAUCAGGCACCAGCAUGUGAUAUGGUUACUUCAGUCAGGUGCUGUUCAUGCUCCAGCGAGUGAAAUGCUUAUUUCAGUCAGGUGCGGUUCAACAUAGUGGCUCCUAGCCGAGUUCCAUCCUUUUCAAUAGGCUGCGAAUGGAUUAACAUACCAAAUAAAAUUUAAUAGCACUUAGAACAUACAUAAGUACUGCUACUGCUGCCAUCGUAGUAGCACUUUAUGCUGACCUGAGCUCAAGGGUCAAAUUGCUCUUGCUCGUUUACCCACCUCAGUAGUCUUGCAAACAUUACCAAAAAUAGAUGAAGAUCAUGUACUAAGUUCAAAACCUCCAAAGGAGAGGAUUCUAGAAAUGCUGGAUCUACUGGAGAGCCACGUUGAGAAAUUGAGGAAAAAUGCUAGUCAAAUAGAAGAGGAUAAAGAUGCUCUUUUGUGCACUCUUGAUUCCGUUCUAAAUGCUGAUCUUAUGUAUAGUCUUGAACAUAACACAGAUGACAGGGACGAUGUAACCCGCUACGCUGAUCGAGUCAUGAACCGAUGCCUAACUGUAGAAGUCAAAGUACAUACCCACAGAGAUAAACUACAAGAAGAAGCCCUCUUCCAAGUUAACCGUUUGAUUGAUGGACUCGUCAUGGGGCUGAAAUCUGACCCUGAAUUAGCCAGAUCUAAAUGUGAAAGUUAUAUGAAUGCCUGUUCUGCUAGUGUUGUUCAAGGCGUCACGGACAAGAAUUUCGAAUCAACUCUUCUAGGCUGUACGGUAGACGAUCAGAAAAAGGUCAAGAGACGACUUCAGGGCCUGCUGAACUACUUCGAAAAGUUGGAAGUAGUCUCAUUAGAAGAAAUGAAUUGUUAAACAUAGUUAGUUAAUAAUUAUACAAUGAAGACUGCUAAACUUUACUAGUUUUAACUAUAUACAGUGAUAAGUGCGCUAAUAACCGGCAAAAUAACGGAAAAGACGGAAAAAAUACGUUGUGAAAAAAGGAGAUUAAACUAGUAGAGAUGGGAAAUUAUCAAUAGAAACCUAUAAAUUUACAUUAUAUUGAUAGCUUUUCAUCUUUAUAGCCACUUUACACGAUGCAAGUAAUUGCGCAGUUCAUUGCACAAUUUAUUGCUCAAGAACUUGUGCAAUAAGUUGCAACUAACUUUUUGCAAUAAAGUGAUUACACAGUGCAAUUAAUUGCAAAAACUGACAUGAAAUAGACAGAAAUUUCUUUGACAGUUAACAGAGAGAAAAAAAACUCUUAUUUGAUUUAAGGUACUUUUAUUCAAAUUUGUUCUGCAUGUUGUUCUGAAGCUAUUUUCUUGUGGCAUUUUUAUAAUCAAGUAUAUUCAAAUGGGAAAUAAGCCACAAUUUUACCUAAAAAUGAUUUUAUUAACGUUUCGACGCCCAAGUCGGGUGUCGUUGUCAAAAUACAAAAUAAUACUAAAUAAACAAAAAUGUUGUUGCUUAGUAAAAAAUUCUUCUAAUAAUUUAUUUAAUCUGACUCAUUUAUAUCGGCAAUUCAGACACGUAUUAUACAUUUUAAAGUAGACGACUUUAAAAUGAUAUUGCCAAUAUUGAUGAGUUGCGUUCCUGGGACGACUUUACUAAAAGAUAGUUCAUUCGAUUACAUGAAAUCAAUCCCAACUCAAGAAUAUCCGCCACAAAAAAUCAUAGCAUGUGAUCUGUCUUCAAAAAGACAACCAAAUGCAACGGUGGCACUGAAAUUCUCGCGUUAGAGAUUCCAUAGUAAAUCACGAGGGAAAAACCAGGAAAAAUACUUACGAUGUCGGGAUAGUAUCACGAGGUUUUUCCUGGUUUUCCCUCGUGAUUUACUAUGGAAUCUCUAACGCGAGAAUUUCAGUGCCACCGUUGCAUUUGGUUGUCUUUUUGAAGACAGAUCACAUGCUAUGAUUUUUUUGUGGCGGAUAUUCUUGAGUUGGGAUUGAUUUCAUGUAAUCGAAUGAACUAUCUUUUAGUAAAGUCGUCCCAGGAACGCAACUCAUCAAUAUUGGCAAUAUCAUUUUAAAGUCGUCUACUUUAAAAUGUAUAAUACAUGUCUGAAUUGCCGAUAUAAAUGAGUCAGAUUAAAUAAAUUAUUAGAAGAAUAUUUUACUAAGCAACAACAUUUUUGUUUAUUUAGUAUUAUUUUGUAUUUUGACAAUGACACCCGACUUGGGCGUCGAAACGUUAAUAAAAUCAUUUUUAGGUAAAAUUGUGGCUUAUUUCCCAUUUGAAUAUACUUGAUUAUAAUUUGUUCUGCAUUUCUGCUAUUUUCUUCUCAGUCUCCUUUUUUCAUAAUUAUUACCAUAAUUAGGUACUGUUAAAUAGUUAUUUAAAUAAAGGUUAAAAAUUUAUUCACUUUAUAUUGAUUAUUUAACAUUUUGUUGUACUUUCCUUUCAUCAUUAUGUUUAUUACAAUCUUAGUAAAAUAAUUGGUAAACGAUCAGUCUUGGGAGGAUGACAAAAUGUUAAUGUCAUCAGAAGUUGACAGAAAAGUAAAAACAAACAGUGUAGCCGUAAAAGCACAGUUACUAAAAAUAUAACCAAAGUGUAGAAAAAAAUGCAUGAAAAAUAGCGCAGAUUCUAUUUAGCUGCAACUUCUUGAUGCAACAAGUUGCAGCAACUUUUCUGUGCAAUUUUCGUAUGAAAAUUUUAUAAAAUUCUUCUGUCACACUGGCAGAUGCCAAACUCCUCCGACACCUCUAAAAGUUUCUUUGAUAAUUUCCCACCUCUAAUAGUUCCAUCUCUUUUUAUUUUAAUUUUCCGUCUUUUGUGUUAUUUUGCCGGUUAUUAGAGCACUCAUCGCUAGAGCUGGGCUGGUUACUGAAUAAUUGUACUCGGGUACAGAGUACCGGGUACUUUUCAUAUUUGAGGAACGAGUACAGAGUACCGAGUACAUUGCUCAAAAAAAGCACUCAAAGUACAAUUACCCGAAUUUUUCGGGUACUUAUUUCGAGUAAAUUUGAAUCUAGAAUCCGAAAAAAGGUAAGAAGGUAAUAAUUAUCUCUAAACAUAUUUAUUUGUGAGUCAUGAAAAAAUAAAAUAACGUACAAUUCCAACUUAAAUAAAAAAAAUAAGAAUUUUAAAAAUUGAUCAUUGAUUAAUACAGUAAAACCUGUCAGUAACGGCCACUAAAAAUAAAGGAUCUAUUGGCCGAUAUAGAAAGGUGGCCGGUAUUUCCAGUUUUUGUAGUCCACAAAUACAUAAAAGAUAAUUGGAACUUUGUUUAUUUUGUUAAUAAAAGCAAAUAUAUUUAUAUACAUAAACGGAAACUACUAAAACUACUUUAAUAUCCUAAUAUAAAACAAAACUAGGUAGGUACAUACGGAAAAACAGAUUCAUGUUAAGCUUUUAAAGAAUUUUUCAACUCACUUUUAUUUUUUUUAUAUCCUUUGAUAAUUUGAGUUUAUUUGAGUCAUACUUAUAAAUAGUGACAAACGUUUCUCUUUUACAACGCCUUUACGACAUUUUAUUAUAGGAUUUUAAGAACCUUGUGACGAUCGACCCGCUGUAGGUUAUUUAAUCUCCUGUUUAGGUAGAUACAAUAGGUCCUAAUAAAUAGUACUGGGAAUUUUCAUCAACAAAUAGACAAAAUUAUUUUGGCCGACAUUCACAUUCAAUUUCUAUAAAAUGGGCUUUAAAAAUAUGUGAUUAUUUGGCUGCGUUUGUGUUAUAAAGGUGGUCGUAAAUACCAGGUCAUAAAUAAGGGAAUAUACAUAAUAAUUGGUUUGGGGAAUUUUGAAACGAGCCGUAAGUACAGGUGGCCGGUAACGCAGGUUUUACUGUAAUCAGUAUAACACCACUCACACUCACUGAUUAAUUUUAUUGGCUUUUAAGAUAACUAAUUUUAAGGGCUUAAUAACUUCGAGGCCUAAUAACUAUUAUGGCAUAAGAAAAUGGGCGUUUGCUUGAUUUUGCAAAUGGACUGAUACUGAAAACGGCGUUUUGCGUGUUGCUAUUAAUUUGCUGUUCUACAUGCAGCGACAAGUUGACUUGCAAAAAGUACUCGUACAAUAAACGCGGAUACCGGGUAUUUUACCCAUACGCUACAGGUACGAGUACCGAGUACUUAAUUGAAAAUGUACUCCGGUACUGGGUACUGAGUACCCAAAAUGUACUUAGAAUACAAAAUUCGGGUACUUGUACCCGAGUAUUAACCCAGCUCUGGCUCAUCACUGUAUAGCUACAGAAUGUUUCAAUAUACAGAAAAAUAAUAAAUGUAGAGGAAAAGGUUAUGGUUAUAAUAUGUCAUUUCUGUAAGUUCGGCCAAACGUACCACCAAUAUGUAUGUAUCUUGCGCAAUUUGCAUAUAAAUUAAGGUUUUAUGAUUCUUCUUUUUCUUCUACGGCCCAAAUUGAGCUUUGACCUCCUUCAUUUUUUGCCUCCACCCUUGUUUGUCUGUGGCUGCUUUUCUCUAUACACGGACUCCUAAAAGGGCUUGUGCGUCGCUGCUUACUGUGUUUUCUCAGCGCUUUCUUGUCUUUCCAACCGGUCUCUUUCCCUGCAUUCUAGCAUUCAGUGCUCUUUCUGGUAGCCUAUCCUCUCCCAUUCUUAUCCGGCCCAUUGCAAUCUUUGUAUUCUAAUCAAGUCUAACAAGGUUUUUCGUUAUAAAGUUGAUAAAGCUCGUUGUUGUAUCGAAUUCUGAAGAUUCCGUUUUCCCUCAGGUCCUAGUAUUCUCCUCGGUACUUUCCUUUCGAAUGUGUCGAGUUUGUUUUUGGAUGUUUCUUUCAGGACCCAUGCUUCACUGCUGUAGCUGUUGGACGAAUAUUGGUUUUAUAGAUUCUCAUCUUUGUAUUUCGGUGGACACUUUUAGACCGAAAUAUAUGGAAGAAAGCAAGAUUUUAUGAUUACGUGAUCUUUAAAGUCAAGGGUCUUAUUUAUGUUUCUACAAUUUAUUUCAUUUAGAUACACUCAAACCAAAACACAUAAUGUAUUUACUAAAAUCAGAAUGAAAACAGUGAAAUUUUUCCAAUGUCUUGAAUGGGACUGUGGGGUAUUACCAUCUCGGCUCACUGUAAUUCUUUAGUCCUUUAUGAUACCUCAGGUACCUACAUUUAAAAAACAGCCCAGGUCGGCUCGAAGAUAAACAGGUAGGUAGAAAAAAUAGUACCCCAUUAGUGUAUAAUAAUAAUUUUAUUUUGGAGUUAUAGAUUAUAGAAAAUUUCUCAUUAACAUAGAAAAGCUUCCUACCCUCAAUACCCCUUUCUUAAAUAUUGUACAGAAAUUUUGGGUUCUUUGCAAAUUUAAGAAACAGUUUCUCUUGGUUGGAAAUGUUGACCGUGGAAUCGAUUUCGCUACUGAAACAUAGGCUAUGUAUAAUUGAGUGGCCGUUUGCCAAAAGCUGAUAUGUCCAUUUUCGGUAUUUUUCAGGACAGCAAAUUCAAAUGUCCACGAUGUCCAUAAAAUCGCAGUUUUAUAAAUAUCAUAUUUGGUUUUCAGUUUAAUGUUUAUACAGCUAUUUAAAUAAGUUCAUAUAUAAGCUAAAACUGUAAUUUUAUGGCCGUCGUGGAAAUUUGAAUUUAAUCUUCCGAAAAGUACCAAAAGUGGACAUAUCUGCUUUUGGCAAACGACCACUGAAUUAUAUACAGUAUGUAAAUUGUUCGGCUGGACACGGGAGUAUACAUUGAGGCAAUUAUGGUAUAAUAACUGCGCUGUCUCGAUGACAAUAUGGUUGUUAGCAUUAAGGGGCAUUAACCUCAAAAUGAACAAUCAGCUGACACAAAUAAACGUCAAAACAUGACAAUGUAGUAGCUAAAUAUUUUUGGCAUAAGGGAAUGGGAAAACUGUGUCUGUUUAAUUUUGAAAUUAGUUUUUAAAUAAAUAUUUUAAAAAUAAAAGUAAAAUUAUUAACUUAUUAAUUAUAACCUGUGUUUUUGAUUUAUUUAUGGACAGCGUUGCUUCCAAACUCACUCAUUAUAUUCGUUCUACAUCUCUAUUGCACCAAAACUCGUACUCGAACAGAAGCUUCAACUAACACAAUUUAGCGCAGUUACCACAAUUAUUAUCUCAAUGUAUAUUACCUAUGUCCAGCUGUACGAUUUUCGUACUGUAUCUAUUUAAUGAAGUUAUUCUUCAUUAAGAUGUAAAAUUAUUUGAUAUUAGUUUUUAUUUUUAUUGGGGUAUGUAUAACUAUAUAUCUAUUUAAUAAAGUUAUUCUAUAAAUGUAUUUUUUUCCAUUGAAAUGUAAAAUUAUUUGAUAGUAACCAUUAAUAUCCCAUGAGCCGAGCUGGUAUAGUUUAUAUCGGACAGUUUUAAUCUUUGUGCCGACUUGGAACAUUUUUAAAAGACCUACCUGUUUCUUGGGCCGAGAUAGGCACUGCCCGGGACUGUAUGGAAUUUGUUUGCAGAUCAGUAAUAUAUACAGUGCUAGUCAAAAGUCCGUACCCCCCUCGUAUCUUUUUAACGGCUAUACCUAUAAUAGUGAAAUUUGGAGGGAGGAAAUAAACGGACGUAAGCUCCUUAACUAGGCAUGACAGGUGACGUAAUAGUGACAGAUGACGUUACAGAGCCACUGUGACCGAUAAUUUUAAAUGGGACCUUAUGGCAAGUGAUACCUCGUUUGAACAGUGUUCAAAAUACCUAUUCAGUCAUACUAAGUUUUUUGGGUUUAAGUUGAUUUUGAUUUUAGUGAAUAAAUUAAAUAAAUAUAAUAUUAUAGUUUCGCAUUUAAUUAAUAAAAAUUUAAAUGUUCGCCUAUGGUUUUUUUGUCAAAAAAGUUGACGGUUUUCAAUUCUUUAGUAGUUUUUACGUCAACGUCAACCUUUUUGACAAGUAGUCAUAGGCAGAAUUUUGAAUUUUUAUUAAUUAAAUGCGAAACUACAAUCUUAUAUUUAUUUCAUUUAUUCAUCAAAAUUAGCUUAAACUCAAACAAAAUUAGUAUGACUGAAUAGGUAUUUACAAUACCUUUCAAAAGAGGUAUCACUUGCCAUAAGGUCCCAUUUAAAAUUAUCUGUCACAGUGGCGCUGUAAAGUCAUCUGUCACUAUUACGUCACCUGACAUGACUAGUUAAGAAGCUUACGUCCGUUUAUUUCCUUCCUCCAAAUUUCACUAUUAUAGGUAUAACCGUUCAAAAGAUACGAGGGGGGGUACGGACUUUUGACUAGCACUGUACUAUGUAUUUCUAUCAGCCAUUUUGAAACAUUCUGUACCUUUUGAAUCGAACAUUUUUAAACGCUAAUGUUAAUUGCUGACUUCAAUCAACAAUUAUUCGUAAAUUUAAUGUACUUAAAUAAAAUCUAUAUUGAUAGUUCAAAUAUAUACUGAUAUACAAUGCUUUCAAUGGCUCUAAUAUAUCCAUAUUUUUUUAAUGAGCGCACCAGUGGCACAUCUGUUCCCGAUAUACGAGGGAUGAUCAAACAGUUCCCUGACUAAUGCUUCAAAACUUUAUUGAAAAAUAUAAAUGUCACUUUAUUCUCUUCGCAGUCUUUCAGUAUGCAACUUAUAUACUUCGCCCAACGUCUUUGUCACUUUUGUGAAUUAUUGCUUAGUUUUUCCAGCUAUUUUUCUUUAAUGUAUUCGAUCGAAUCAAACCUCUACCAUUUAAAACAUAUUUUGAGUUUGGUAAAUAAGAAAAAUCCGAUGGGGUUAGAUCUGGUGAGCAAGGGGGCUGAGAGAUGAGUUUCCUCGUUUUUUUUUUUGUACAGAAUUUGUAAAUGAGCAACGUUGGAUGUUAAAACAGUCCCUAGUUGGUCAUCUCUCUAGUGUUUAUCUCUGUACAACCUUAAACAAAUUUCUCAAUGUUUUAAUAUAACAUUCUGUAAAACGCAAAAUUCUAUAAAAAGGUGCAAUUUGGUUUCAUUGUUAAGGCGGUUAAGCAUUGGAAAACACAGAUCUUGGAAUGAGUUGCUCUUAUCAAUUCGCUGCUCCCCUUGCUAUGCUGCCACCCAAUUCAAAAAGUCCUGGUACUUAAUGAUCAGUCCCUCGUAUUUGAUUAUAAUAGUUAGGUUAGAAAAUUCUGGCAAAAAUAGAUUAGUAGAUGGUUCCAAUUAAUUAUUCUAUGCAGUUUGCUGUAUCGUUCCAAACUUUUAAAGUGUAUACAAUUGCAAACUAUAUGAUAAGAUUUUUCCGAAGUAAAGUUGAGCAGAAUUAGCACAAGUACAAAAGGUUCCUUUGUUACAUACAGUAAAUAAAGAAUAAUAGCUAAAAAAA